AUGCAUAGUAAUGAGACCCCUCCCCCCGCGGGCACCUCCCUGCUCCUUCAGCUCGGAAGACUGGUGGUGCGAGCUCGGAGCCCUACACAGAGGACGACCGAUGAAUCAACCAGCCACCAGGUGACCACCCAGCCUAAAUCAGAUGAACCAAAACCGGGAAUCGAAGCGCAACUCACCAACCACGUCCAGGCCUUGUGGGACGAACAGAUACCUAUAUGUAUCGAGGUCCUAUUGGCUCCAGAUUGUCAGGAUUGUUAUGCAGCCCUAAAUCGUACUGAUGAUGCAGGGUUGUAUGAACGACACUCACAGAGGGCGCUGCUGUUGGAGAGAUGGACUAUACGGACUGUUGCUAACAAGAGCCCCGAUCCGACCGCCAUCAGUUCCCACUGGUUGUUGUCAGCUGUUCGUUCUCAACUGCACUUCUCCCAAUUAUCUGCGUGGCGAGCUCGUUUAGAAGAUGGCCCCGCAGAGAGAAGGAGAAAGCUGAGCCGUGAGACAUGUAACUUUAAAAAAAUAGAAGCAAACUGCGAUGAAACAGAACUAGAACGCAAGUUAAACAUCGUCUACUCCAUAAAAAUACCAGGGGAUACUUACAAACUGGCUGACUUCAACCGACCACCGAAUAGCCAUAGAUUCCCCGUUACCGGUAUAGGGAACAACGUGUUCCUUAAAGUAAUACUGGAGAGUCUACCUCGCUUGGACGACAUACCCAUAGUUAAAUGUACCUGCCAAAAAAGACGAACCAGUAAAGAAAUACCCACAAACGUCCACGAAGAAUUGGUGGGCAAGCUAAAUGAUCUCACAUUAGGACCCAGGAAUGUAAAAAAUGAUGCAACAAACACAAGAAGACAUUCAAUCAAGUUAGAAGAGAAGAGGAUCGUUGAUGAUAGAAUGUUGACGCCGUGCAGCGAGAGCGGCAAACAUAAAUGCAACUGUGACGACGAAUCAGAUGAUAAGAAUCACAGAUCUUCCGCUAGUUUAAGCCAACAGGGACCUAAGAAACUUGACGAGAGACGGCUGAAAGAGAUAGCUAAAUACAAACGACGCUUGAGGAAAGAGAGCAAACUGAAGAUGUGUGAUAGCACCUCGUCUGAAGGAGAAGGUUUGAAGUCCAAGGAAACACAUACGUCCAUACCGAUCUUACAAGCCGCGAGGUUUGAUAGGUUUAGAGCUAUCGGCUGUUUUAGGAACCAAAUGUAUUUGACGCUGCCGGCUAGUAGGAUCGAAACUAGGUCGCCUUUCAUUGAGACGAUAAGCAUACCGCAAGCUGAAUUCAGACGGACCAAUACAGUGGGCACACAGACUGAUGACUUCACAUGCCAGUGUGGAAACACCCUUACAAUGAAAUGUACGACAUGCUCCGACAGAGGCAUGGUCCGCUCUGAAGGCAACUUCAACUUAGCGUCCAUAGAGAACGGAGCUAGAAGAAAGUGCGAGGAGGACGAGAAAGUUAUGAAAAAGCAUAAAUGUGAUAACCCUAGCAGUAAUUCACAGUGUGAUAUAAGUUUAGAUAAUAUUAGUGAUAAGUGCGAUAUUAUAAAGAGACCGAAGCUGAGACGUUAUUUCCCUAUAGUGGAUCGUAUUGAGAAGGUCAUAAGUGAUAGAUUCGCGCAAAACAACGACAUCAAGGAGCUGAAUCUUAGAGAUGAUGACACGGUGUUCUCUUUACCCAAACCUGAAGCGAAACGCCAGAAAACAUACUCCAUUAACGAAGAUUAUGUUCUAUAUGAGAAAUGUGACUACGGAACCUUUGAUAAAUGUGACCAGGAUUCCCCAAAAGACGCGGAGCUCAACGGUUUUAAGUUCCCUGACCCCAAAAAGGGGGGGCAGGACAACCAAGUGCCCUCCCCCACUGAGAUGGACCGAUUUCGAUGGCGUUUCGAUUCUGCGGCGUCUAUGGUGUUCCAUAAUAAGACGGGGCUUCCCCUAACUAGCAGUCCCGCGCCGUUAAGGAGAGGCAAUAACUGUUUUGACUUUGACGACUCUAUUAACGGCGUAUCGGGUAUUAAAAGUGCCCUGUUCCACCCUAUAAGUCCCCCGUGCGGGCCCCCCGCGUCCCCUGCCGCCCGCACGCCCCCUCCACACAAGCAGGCCCCUCCACACAACAAACUUAGAAUGGGGCCUAGUACGGGCCUAUUGGGUAGUUUCGAGGAAUCUGCCCUCAAGGGUCGUUUGGAGCCUGUAGCGACGGUCCACGGGUUCACGGCGGAGCUGGGGGCCUCGGGGGCCUUUUGUCCCCCUCACAGGAAGUUACCAGUCACUGUGUUCUUCUAUGCACCCGGGGGAACUAAUGCUCCUUAUAUGGGUCACAUCAACCUAGGCGCUGGCGGUUACCGCGUAUCCCGGUCAGGAACUAUCCAAGUCUCCCUAUUCAAUCCUCACGGCACGCUGGUCAAGAUGUUCGUGGUGCUCUACGACCUGACCUGCAUGCCAGCAAUGACCAGGACCUUCCUGAGGCAGAGGACGCUGUACAUGCCGGCCGGGGCGGAGCACCCGCAGCCCCACCUGGUGCACAAGUGGCUUAGAUAUCUGAUACAUCUUAGGUUCAUGACCUCAAAGAGCGGCAAGCUCUACCUCCACACGGACAUUCGUAUACUAGUGUCAAGAAAAGCCGAUUUAGAUACAGCGACCGCACACUCGGCUCUGUUCCGCCCGCUGACCAAUCCGGGGACAGCUGGCCGUGAUGACAGCGAACCGACCAAUAAGGGGACAGCGAAAAUAACAUCCACCAAUGGUGACGCUUCGCGGGAUACGAAACCAUCCAGUGUGACGACAUCCGCCAAUGGCGUGGCAGAUAGCGAGCGUGACGUCACGCCGCCGACCAAUCGCACGCCGAACCGCGUUUUCGGCGGCUGCAGUGACUUUGACAGCGAAAUCAAGAAUGAAAUGCGCGAUUUCGGUUAUGAGAAUCAAAACGGUGUUUCAUAUGAGUUGAGGAGUUUCACUUACGCCCCGGAGAAUCCUAAAUACUCCCCGCGAUAA